GGCCCUGCAGGGGCCGCGGGGGCAGCCGGAGCCAUGGCGGCCGCGGCCGUGGCCGGCCCGCAGCCCGCGGAGGAGGCCGGCCUCGCUGCGGAGGAGCCAGAGGAGGCGCCCUUGGCCUGCUGGGCUGCGUUCGACCUCGGCGCCGGCCUCCACGAGGUCGCCGUCGCGCGGGCGGUGGAG